AUGAAGGCGAAAGGACAGCGCGCCUUGAUGCAGUGCAGGGCGAGCGUAUCGAGCCGAUAUUCACUGAUUCCGCACGCCACCGCCAAGCGGAUGAUGUUGUACGGUAGUGGUGGUGGUACCGGAGGCGGUGUUGGUGGUUCAGCAGCACACCGCUGUCAGCAGUCAGCGCCACCGGGGAUGCUGGGGAAGGCGGCGGGCGAAGGGUUUAAUGUGGAUUCCGGGUUCGAAACGUCUGACUUCGAUUUUACCGACUUUGCCGAGGAGAUGCUGCCGACGCGCGAUUUCAUUCAACCGUUUUCGCUCGACCAGGACGGUCUCGUCGGUGAUGGUCGAGGCAUUCCGUUUCGAACCGGCGCGGCCGACAGACGUUGCUCCGGGCUGAGCGCACGCAGAAUGUCCGACUGUCCGCGACGUAUGCUGAACCUGCUGCAUGGCGCCAAACAUCGUCGGAAGAGUCGCAUAUCGUUUGAUUUUUCCAACGAUCUACAUCAGGCGGAAAAGUCGGUGCAAACGUCCCCCAUCAAGCACCCGAACAAGAACUGGCGGUUCGAGGAUGCCCGGAAGGCGAUACUGGUCGAGAUGGAAGCGGUCGGGCAGCUGCGGAAGCCACACGUGCUGCUGCUACGCUUCCCGGACCCUCAUCUCAGCAAGGAAAUCGUCCAAGGCUUCUCGGCCAGCAUCGAGAAUGUGAUUUUCCAUCGGCCAGCAACACCAAGGUACUGUGUGGUGCAUUUGAAGCCGGAAGCGGACGUGGACAGCGUCAUGAAGCACAUCGCACGGAUCCCGUUCGGUGCGGGAAAAAUCAUGGUCGAACGGAAGACACGCAACGCCGAUCAGAAGCCCGUGGUACAGCCGGAGGACAUCGAUCCGUACACGCUGUUCAUUGGCAACCUGCCCAACGUGGUGACGGUACAGACGGUGAAGCAAAUGUUUCCCGCUGCGAAACGCAUCGAUAUCGGUCACGCUCAGCGCAUCAAGCACACCCGGUACGCCUUCAUACGGUUCACGAACGUGGAGGAAGCGAUCCAGGCGUUCAAAGCCAAUCACAACAAGGUCAUUGACGGGAAAAACAUCAUCAUACGGUUCCGGCGCCACAACGCACCGAUCGCGCUGCCCGAGGACACGACCACACCGAAAACGCCCAAGCGCCAAAAACCGGGCCAACAGCAGCAACAGCAGCAGCAGCAGCAGCAGCUGGUCGUGUCGGUGGAGCAGCGACCCCGGCGCCUCACCCUCGUACCGACCGGUGCGGCCCCGGGCCACUCCGGUACGCUCAGCACGAUCAAGACGGAGAUACUGGACGAGGACGAACCGGAUGGGCCACCGGUCGGGAAAACCGUGAAGCGGUACGAAGGGGCCGGCGGUCCGCUGUGUGUCAUCAAGUCCGAACCCGACGACACGGACAUCGAGGACAGCCUGGAGGAGGAGGAGGACGUUGACAACAUACGGGACUUUUUGGAGGAGCAGGAAGAGGCGGAAGGGUUGAAUUUGGACGAAAUCAAUCCGGACGAAAACUACUGCGAAGAUGACGAUACGGACAUCGACAGCUUCGGCAAGAACUACUGGACGCUCGAGCAGCUGCGCAGGAAUGGGGCGGCGGCAGCAGCAGCGGCCGGCGAUAAUGGAUCCGGCUCGGUGAAGAACGAGGAACAGGACCUGGAAUCGGCCACCAAAACGACCUCCACCAUGCUGAUUAAACGCAAGGAGCACAAACCACCGACAACGGUCAUCAAAACGAAGCGUCGCGAUGAUCAGCUUAACGAUCUGUUCAGCUGCCUCGAGCCGGACGAUGAUCUAUCGUUAUGAGAUUCGAUGGAGCUGUUCUCGGACUUCAUUCAAUACGUCACGCUUAACUAGCGAGUCGGAAGUACCGUUCGUCGGAUGCCGAAGUUGGCCAAUGCGAGAACGUUCGAGUGAAGCUGUCCCGGGGACAGUUCAUGCCAAGCGCUUGGAAACGUAAAACCAGAGAAAUGACAACAACUAUCCCGAAAUCUGAUGGUGUUGUAGAUGAAUUUCAAUGCAUUUAUUCUUAUUCCGUAGACGGUGGCGAUUGAUGCUUCUAUUAUGUGUACGGUUCGCCAUUCUGGAGGUUAGGCACAUUAGACGGGACCAGCAAUGAACCUUCCAGUUCCUAUUUGAUCCUUUCCGUGCUAGCGAACUAAAGCUGUCCCAUUAGGCUAACGACUUAGGCAGGACUUAGUUAACGUGCGUUACAUGUGUUUGACGCAUGGCUAGCAACAUUUUCGUCAGUAUUAGUUACCGUUAUGCGUUAUGCGUUACCACAUACAAACUUACUGCAAUGCAAAGUAUCAGGUUUAAGGAUCGCUUGUCGAGGAUAGCGCUCGAUAAAGCGGUUGUGCUACUUAGCGAAAGUAUUAUUAACAUUAACGUUUUGAACCACACGGAAAGGAUCGUCCUUAGUUAUGCUUACCGCUUUAUCACGCAACAGUUUUUGCGCUUUACUAGCUGAAAAGUCUUUUAAACAAAAGAAACACCAAACACGAUUUAGGCAGGCGGACGUAUGUAAGAACAUUAGGCGGUUAAGUAACGACGCUUGACAUAGAGUGGGAGCCAACCGAGUCUUCAGAGGAACAGUAUUUCUGUGUUGAACGAGUAGUGUAUUGCUUGAAGCAAAUAUUCAAUAAACAUAUACAACUAG